CAGUUUGCGCAUGCGCAAAUUGCUGAACGUCAACAGUGAUGGCGCUACGUGAAGGAGCUCUGCGCGUAAAGAUGCUGAUCUGCAGCCGCAAUUUGUACAAAUUCGCCUCUUUUUCAGGUGCUCGCUUGCUUUCCAAGCAUGUGUCCUCUCAGUCCGUAUCGCCCAAGCCCGCAGAGAUCGCGGAUGACCAUUUAAUCUACACACAAGAGCACUUUGCGUUGAAGGAGGCCCUCAGGAAGCUCAUCGACCAGGAGAUUAACCCUUAUGUGGAUCAGUGGGAAGCAGAAGGGACUUUUCCAGCCCACAAAGUCUUCAAGAUACUGGGAAAUGCAGGCUUUCUUGGAGUGAACAAACCAGUUGAAUACGGAGGCUUGGGAUUGGACUUCAGCUAUAGUGUUGCCGUAGCAGAGGAGCUCGGCAGCAUUCGCUGCGGAGGCAUUCCCAUGGCCAUUGGCGUGCAAAGUGACAUGGCUACUCCAGCUCUGGCCAGGUUUGGUUCAGACGAGCUGAAGAAGGAGUUCCUGCUUCCCUCCAUUAUGGGGGACAAAGUGGCCUGUCUUGGUGUGAGUGAGGUUGGAGCUGGCUCCGACGUCUCAAGUAUUAAGACCAAGGCAGUGAGAAAAGGGGAUGAAUAUGUGAUAAAUGGAGGAAAGAUGUGGACAACCAGUGGUACACAGGCUGACUGGAUGUGUCUCCUCGCCAACACCAGCAAUGGACCCCCACACAAGAACAAAUCUCUCAUCUGUUUACCCAUGAACCUGCCAGGAGUACACGUUGCCCGGAAGAUUAAUAAAAUCGGCAUGUGGUCAUCGGACACAGCCGAAGUUUUCUUCGAUGAUGUCCACGUACCCUGCAAGAACGUCAUCGGCCAGGAAGGCAUGGGCUUUACUUAUCAGAUGCUUCAGUUCCAGGAAGAAAGGCUCUGGGCCGUGGCCAAUAUUGUCACCACAAUGGACAGCGUCAUUCAGGAAACCAUCAAUUACACACGGCAGAGGAAGGUCUUCCAGCAGCCCGUCCUCUAUCACCAGGCAGUUCACUUCAGGCUGGCCGAGCUUCAGACGGAAGUCGAGUUGCUCCGCUCCCUCCUGUACCGCGCUACAGGCCUGGUUCAGGCAGUAAAGAAAAGAAAAUGCUGACAUGUUCUGCAGUAAAACUGAAUCCGGGAAGAAAAACAACCAGUCACCUUGUCCUCUUCUCUCUUUCUCUUUCCUUCUUUUCAUAUACGGUCAGUGCUAAUCAGUCCAAACAUGAAGAAUGUGACAGAUGGUAGGUUUAGAUGAGGAAGAGGAGGUCUGACGCACAGAAGCAUCUUAUGCAGAGGUGUUUCAUCAAGGAGGUGUGGUUGUGUCUCCACCUUAUUAAAAAGUAGUCACUAACAGUGUACGCUCAUCGACCACAUCGUCAAAGAUGAUGCAGGUGUGCCACAGGUUCAUCACAGGUUGAUGUUAGUUUGAAAUGAUGGCACAGAAAUAAUUCAUAACAUUUAAUUCAUCAAACUGGUCUUAUUUCAAUAUCUUACCUACUCUGAAGAAAAUCGAUGUUUUAUUAGAAGAACACAAAAACAAUUUUCAUUUCUUGAUCUUUUGUUAAAAAAAAAAGAAGAGUAAAUCUAUUACGGUACGUGAACUGCUGUCAGACAUGGACUCGUUUCAGAAAUGUUUUCUUUUAUCCAGGAAAAGAGCUGUUAGCCUGGUUUUGUUUUUUUAUUACAUCAAAGACAGAAUCGGCCACUUCUUCAUAUCUACACCCAGUACGCUCAGAAUCAGGACACACCGGCAGUAUGGCGCUCUUUCCUCAGAAUUCUUGCAGUAUUUUUAUGAAUAUGUGGCACCUGUCACAUAUUUACCUCUGUGGCUCAGACACCUGUCAGGCAGGAGUCCAGGACUAAGCCACUGUCUUUGCCUACCAGUGGUCUGAAGCUUAGAAUGAAUGUAUCACAGUGGUACCAGUUUACAACCUGCUCUCCGUCAGUCAAAGCCUCUGCACCUGUUUGGCACAAGUUGGAUAAUUAUACACCCAACCAACCAAAUAGUGAAAGAGGAAAGAACGCAGCUCACUCAGCCUUUUCCGGGCUUCUUACGAUAAAAGCAUCAGUCUGUCGCUCAGGAAAAAAAGCUUGAAUGAGGGG